AUGGUAGAACUGCUAUCCUACCUUCCCCGCUUCAAGGAUGACUCCACUCUCCGAAAGGCCUCUAGCAGGAAAAAUUUGAAAAAGGAGAAGAAGGUAACCUCUGAACUGAACUCUGAACAGAUGAAGCAGUCUUCCAUAAAUCAAGUGGAUAAAAUUCCAGCUUCAGUGAAUGUAAGGAGAGUAUUACUGCACCGUCGCAUGUGUACGAACAACCAGGAAAGAAUCCAAGGUUAG